ACCUUCAAGAAAACGUCACACAGAUACGACCAACCGGAUACCGUACAUACACCGGAAAUAUUCAAGACUCUAUCCGGCCUUAGCUGUGUGAAUGGUCACGUGGUGUGUAAGUGCAGCCGAAAUGUCAGAGUGUUCAGCGCUGGAGAGCCUCAUAGAAAUGGGUUUCCCCCAAAUCAGAGCAGAGAAGGCUCUCGCUGCCACAGGGAAUCAGGGGAUAGAGUCUGCCAUGGAUUGGCUUGUUGAACAUGAAGAUGAUCCUGUUGAAGAAGUACUAAAUGAAUCUGUCCAUGAAGAUUCUGAAGGGAAAGAAACAGACACAAGUGCAGUGAGACCUACCCUUACUGAAGAGGAGAAAGAAGUGCAAAGAAAAAGGAUGAUGGAGCUGAUUGCCCAGAAACAACAAGAGCGUGAGGAGCGAGAGAAAAGGGAGUGUGUUGAGCAAGAAAAGCAAAGACGGAAACAGGGGCAAGAGCUGUCGGCAAUCAGACAGAGACUACAGGAGCAAGAGAUGCAGAAAAUUGCAGAGGACAGGAGAAGAGAAAAACAAGAAGCAAGAUUGGCCAGGGAGCGUGUUAAGGAGAAGAUUGCAAGGGACAAAGCAGAACGAGCAAGAAAGUUUGGUGGAACAAUGACUGGUCCAAUUUCACCUCCACUAGAGUCUCCCAUCCCAUCUGCCACACAACAUCCAUCUUCCCUAACACAGGAUGGGCCCAGUGUGAAGGAAUAUGAUCAAUGCCGUAUACAGGUGCGUCUCUUGGAUGGUUCAACAGUGUCUCAGACAUUCCGUGCUCGAGAACAGUUGGCUGCAGUCCGUCUAUAUGUCGAGCUUAAUUGGCCUGGUGGUGCUGUAGAACCAUUCAGUCUCCUGACCAGUUUUCCACGAAGGGUCUUUACAGAGAAUGACAUGGAGAAGCCUUUGCAUGAACUGGGUUUGGUACCUUCAGCUGUUCUGAUUAUUGCCAAAAAAUAAGGUCCAGCCCUAAAGUAGCACAGACAAGAAAAUGGAAACGUCUCUCCGUGUCAGAAACAUAAUACAGGCUUCCUCCCUCUGACCAAUUUCUAUAAUAUGGAGCAGUGUGUAUUAAGACAAAUAAACCAGGCUAACAUUGUCUGUGUGAAGUGUGUUGAAAACCAGUUAUUAAACACUUUUACAAAUGUUACUAAACAAA